AUGUCAUGUCAUGAGAACACCAGACGUGGCCGAGUAAACACUCUGUCACUAUUCGGAUUCACAACACGCAAGCAUAUCCCUACUCUUAUAGUAGCGGUGCUUACAACGAUAGCUGCUGCGAUGAUACAGCCUUUAUCCGCGAUAUUCCUUGGUAACAUAUUCGACACACUCACGAAAUUUGGGGCUGGACAUUUUUCCGGCGAAGAACUGCUUAGCAGAACUUCUGAAAGUUGUGGCAUAUUGCUGAGCCUUGGCGUCGCAAACUGGAUACUGAGUGGCCUUUGCUUGAUGUUUUGGUUAACAUUUGGGGAACUGCAAGCCAAGAGCGGUCAUGAUGCUCUCUUUCUAGAGUUGUUGAAGAAAGAUAUGGCGUGGUUUGAAGGUCAAACGGAUGGUGUUGGGGCCCUCUUAGUCCAUAUUCAAGGAAAAAUACGUGAUCUACAGAGAGCUACAUCUGAGCCUUUGGGCUUUGCAAUGCAAUUCUCUAUCCGGGCAUUGGUAGCGCUUGGUGUAGCAUCCUUCACGUCAUGGAGACUAACACUGGUAACGCUCGCUGCGGUACCUCCCUGCGCAGCCCUAGUCUCCUGGCUCUCGUCUAGGAUACAGCAAGGAAUUGAUAUGCAGAAGCACGAGCUGGCCACAUCGUCGAGGAUAUCGUACAACGCCUUUUCAUUGAUCCGCGUUGUGAAGUGUUUUAACGGACAAGGAUUCGAAUAUGACAAAUAUGUCGCCAGUAUCAAUCGUGCCGCACAAUAUUAUCUAUGGCAAGCACAUCUGAGCGCUUCUCAAAUCUCCUGUGUUCGAUUUAUGAGCUUUGGGAUGUUUGUGCAGGGCUUCUGGUAUGGUAGCUCGCUAGUUGCCUCUGGAUCUCUAUCAUCUGGUCAGGUUUUAAGGACCUUUUGGGCCUGUCUGGUCCUUGUGCAGUCGAUUGAGCAAAUACUUCCUCAGACUGUCAUCAUCGAAAAAGGGAAAGCAGCCGGUAGCUCACUUAGAGCGAUUAUGGAUCAAUCGUCCUGUAGUAAGCAGCUAGUGGAGAGGCAUUAUCCUCGCCGCUGCAAAGGCAGCAUCGAGAUCAAGAAUAUAUCUUUCGCCUAUCCGUCGCAUCUAGAAAGGCUAGCGCUUCAAUCCUCAAGUUUCCUCUUCCCCGCUGGAGAAAUGACAUUCAUUAUUGGGCCUAUUGGAUCCGGAAAAUCUACGCUCGCUUCUCUGCUUGCAAGAAUCUAUGCUCCAAUGUCCGGAAAAAUCACGAUAGACGGAUAUCCUAUGGAAGCACUUGAUUCUGAUUGGAUUCGAGAUAACAUCACAAUUUUCCACCAGCAGAACACGCUUUUCGACGAGACCAUAUUGACGAAUAUCGUAUUUGGUUGCCCGGAACACAAAAGGAUCACAGAAGGGGACAUUCAAGAAAGUAUCGAUGUUGCUAUGCUGCGAAGAACAAUUGGGAAUUUCCCAGAGAAAUUGGACACUUUUGUCACAUCCCAGGGAAAUACGUUGAGCGGUGGCCAAAAACAGCGGAUUGCUAUUGCUCGGGCAAGGCUGAGAGAUACCCCGAUUUUGAUUCUCGACGAGUGCACCGGCGCCCUUGAUUAUACAACUAGGAGACAUGUUAUGGACUCGAUCCGUCAAUGGCGAGAAGGGAAGACAACUAUCGUCAUCACACACGACUUAUCACAAAUUCGGCCUUCAGAUUUGAUUUACGUACUGAAGCAGGGUCGUGUUGUAUGUUCCGGCUAUAAGCAUGAGCUUGGUAUGAUUACUCCGGCUGAAUCCCAGGAGGAAAAAGCGACAGACACGUUAGACACGCUCAAUAAAGACUACGAUAUUCCUGAGAAGGACAGAAAGUUUCCCCCAGAAGACAAAGUCCCUAAAUGCAAAAGGAGAUUGCCGCGUUCAACAUGCCAACGUAGACAUAACCCAGCCGAAAUCCCGUGUCAGGAAAAGGAACAUCAUUUGUUAUCGAUAGCAGAAGUGAUGAUCAGGAUACCUACCCAUCUAAACGCUCGUCAGCGCCUAAUCUUUGUCCUGGCUCUAUUCAGUACUGUCAUUCAUGCCGUUGCCACUCCUGUUUUCUCAUACCUGCUCUCUCGUCUACUUCAGACAUUCUACGCUAACGGCCGCCGCUCAGAGAGCACAAUGAAGUGGUCGCUUGCAAUACUCGCUGUCGGUAUACUUGACACAGCUGCAUCGUAUCUAAUGCAUUAUAUGCUAGAAUAUUGUGGACAAGUGUGGAUCGAUUCUAUCCGGAAAGUGGCUAUGAGUCGAAUUCUGGAUCAACCACUAUCAUGGUUCGAACAAACUGAGAAUGAGCCAUCUACUCUCGUGACACAUCUCACUCAAGAUGCAGAGGAUAUGAGAAAUCUAAUUAGCAAGGUUCUGGGGUUUAUCUUGUUGACUAUUGCCAUCAUAUCGAUAGCAGGUGUCUGGAGUGUCUUCACUUGCUGGGAGCUGUCAGUGGUUAUUUUCGCAUGUGCUCCCUUCAUAUACGCAGUCACAGAUGGGUUCGAGAAAAUAAGCAAAGAAUGGGAGACGCGAUGUGAUGUGAUCAGAGACAGUUCGUCGUUGAUAUUCGCGGACACGUUCUCUCGUAUCCAAACUGUGAAAGCCUUGACCUUGGAAUCAUAUUUUCGAGUCAAGCACAUGAAAGCGUCGACUAAAGCGGUCAAGGCAGGAUUUAAGAGAGCUGGAUACUCGGGACUACUUUUUGGCCUUGUUGAUUCCAUGGUCCUUUUGAUCAGUGCGCUCAUCUUCUACUAUGGAGCAGUCCUAGCGUCAUCACAAAAAUACACAACUCAUGAUAUCUUGACAGUAUUCUCCGUACUUCUAUUCAGCACUGGAUAUGUUACUAUGGUUCUAUCGUGGAUCCCCCAGUUGAAUUCGAGUCAGCUCUCUGCGAACCGACUCUUGCGUAUGGCGAGUCUGGGAGAGAAGGACUCUCACGAGCAUAGUGGCAUAUUAUACAUAUCUAACCCCAGUCCGAUCUCGUUAGCGAAUAUUAAUUUCGGCUAUCCGUCCCGGCCUGGUAUACUUGCCGUGCGUGACCUGAAUCUAAGCAUCCCUGCCAACAGCUGCACUACGAUUGUGGGACAUUCAGGGUCAGGGAAGUCCACAUUGGUUUCCUUGCUAAUGCGCUUGUAUGCACUACCACAGUUAAACGAUUCAAUCCCAUGGAUCUCAAUGAGAGGGGUCGACAUUGGCCAACUAGACAUUAAAAGGCUUCGAUCCCUCAUUGCUGUUGUUCCUCAACAGCCUGCAUUGUUCCCCGACACAAUCGCUGCCAAUAUCGCUUAUGGGUUGGACUCACUGUCACCCUUCCACACGGAAGAGAAUAUCCGAUCUGCUGCGAAGGCUGUCGGAAUUGACGACUUCAUCUUAUCCCUCCCUGAAGGAUACUCGACCGUCGUUGGUGAUGGGGGUCUGAGCUUCUCUGGCGGGCAAACUCAACUGCUGACCAUUGCUCGAGCACUAGUGCGGCAACCGCGUGUUUUGGUCCUUGACGAAGUUACUGCCAGUCUCGAUGCCGCAAGCGCAGGAGUCGUCAGGCGAACCGUUCGCAAACUGGUUGCGCAGAGAAGAGGGUUGACGGUUAUCAUCGUCUCUCACUCAAGGGAGAUGAUGGACAUUGCUGACAAUGUUGUGGUCAUGGAGCAGGGAACUAUCGUGGAGGAAGGCCCAUAUCAUGCGCUUAUGCAACGCGAGAAAGGGAAAUUGAGAAGGUUGAUAGAUGAUGCCGAUGCCAGGGGCAAUUAA